AUGAUUCACAGACUUAUUAACCCAGUAUUGCAUGUGGCAUUCCCAAACCACCAAAUCUUAGGAUCUGCACAACUUACAGCUGUCCAGUUACUUUGGGUGAACUUGAUCAUAGACACAUUGGGUGCACUGGCACUGGCCACCGAACCACCAAACAAUGGUCUAAUGAUGCAACAACCUGUCAAAAGAACCGACAGUUUCAUCACCAAGAUGAUGUGGCGGAAUAUCACUGGCCAAAGUAUUUACCAAAUGGAUGUCCUAUUUGUUCUCAAUUUUAUUGGGAAACCAAUCUUAAAUCUACAAGGCCCAAAUUCAACCGCCAUUCUCAACACAUUUAUCUUCAACAACUUUGUCUUCUGUCAGGUGUUUAAUGAAAUAAACAGUUGUGACAUUGACAAGAUUAAUAUUUUCCGUGGGAUAUUUAGUAGAUGGAUUUUUGUGGGUGUGAUGAUAUCGACGAUUGUAUUUCAAGUAAUAAUAGUGGAGUUUCUUGGGACUUUUGUCUCUAGUCUUGCAAAAGCAAUUCGUGUGAUUGCAAAAUUGGAAGAGCCAAUUGGUCAAGUGUUAAAGAGAACAGAGCUGUCAGAUGGAUUCAUCUUAGAGAAAAUGUCAUCACCCUUGGGUGUUCUACUUAUUAUCUUUGAGUCACAACCUGAGGCACUAGUUCAGGUGGCUGGUGGUUUAGCUGGCGAGACACCUCACAUGAUAAGUGCAACUGUUAAAGGCAUAACUCCAUUGACUUAUGAGUUUACUUAUCUUGUAUCCACUGUUUUUAGUGUUCUUCCAUCCUAUUUCUUCUUCUUCAAAGAAAAAACAUAG